GCUUGUAUGUUUGUAUGUAUGUAUAAAUUUGGUUAUCCAAUCCUUCACAUACAAAUCAAUGUGGCUUCUUCCUUGUGGGAUCCGUCACUUGUUAUCUCUAUCCACAUUGUUUCCCUCGUCAAUCCUCCGCGUUCUCUCCGCCAUCUUUCCAUUAUAUAUAUAUACAUUGAAGCUGGUGCUAUGGAAAAUGCUGAGGAAUUGUUCAGGGUGGCUGUAAUUGGUAGUGGAAAUUGGGGCAGUGUUGCUGCCAAACUCAUUGCUUCCAACACUGUCAAGCAAUCUAUGUUCCAUGAUGAGGUGAGGAUGUGGGUGUUUGAGGAAACUUUACCAAAUGGAAGGAAACUCAGUGAAACAAUUAACCAGGAAAAUGAGAAUGUCAAGUAUCUUCCUGGCAUCAAGCUUGGAUCCAAUGUGGUUGCAGACCCUGACUUACUGAAUUCAGUGAAAGAAGUAAACAUGCUUGUAUUUGUAACUCCUCAUCAAUUUGUUGAGGGUAUAUGCAAGAGACUUGUGGGGAAUAUAAGACCUGAUGCGGAAGCCAUAUCGCUCAUCAAGGGCAUGGAAGUCAAGACUGAAGGACCAUGCAUGAUUUCGAAACUCAUUUCUGAAAUGCUCAGUGUCAACUGUUGUGUUCUGAUGGGUGCCAAUAUUGCCAAUGAGAUUGCUGUCGAGAAAUUUAGUGAGGCAACAAUUGGAUAUAGACAAGACAAGGAAGCUGCGCAGAGAUGGGCUAGAUUGUUCAGUACCCCAUAUUUCCUAGUUUCUGCUGUGCCGGACGUGGAGGGAGUAGAACUCUGUGGUACAUUAAAGAAUGUUGUGGCCAUAGCUGCAGGUCUGGUCGAUGGUUUGGACAUGGGAAAUAAUACAAAGGCGGCAAUAAUGAGGAUUGGAUUGAGAGAGAUGAAGGCCUUUUCAAAGCUGCUGUUUUCUUCAGUCAAGGAUAGCACCUUCUUCGAGAGCUGUGGAGUUGCCGAUUUAAUUACGACAUGCCUUGGGGGAAGAAACAGGAGAGUCGCCGAGGCAUUUGCAAGGAGUGGCGGGAAAAGAUCCUUUGAUGAAUUGGAAACUGAACUACUGCAAGGCCAGAAAUUGCAGGGUGUGUCCACUGCAAAAGAAGUUUAUGAAGUUUUGAGAAACCGAGGAUGGCAGAGCUUAUUUCCACUUUUCACGACGGUGCAUGAGAUUAGUAUAGGUCUCCUUCCUCCAACAGCCAUAGUUGAAUAUAGCGAGCAUGCACGGAACCUCAAUCUUCUGCAAGGUGCUGUCCAAUUGCACUAAGCCAAAUUGGAUCAAUCAGACCAUGACAAAUCUAAUACCCAAAUUGAUGUUAUCCCUUGGUCGCUGUUUCUUGCUAAGCAGAAAUUUUGGCUACAUGCAGGAAUUUCAUGGCAUUUUAGGCCGGCAAUUUGUCAGUUUUAUGAUUAAAUUAUAUGGAAAAAAUGACAUUUAUAUAUAUAUAUAUAUAUAUUAUCAUGUUGGCAAUAGUUAGUUAUCUUGAAGUGAAUUCAAAUUGUUCAUUUGUUUAAGUACAUCCUUUUCAUAUCAGUUUAGGUAGCGUUUGGUUAGAUGUAGUUGAAAAUGCAGUGGAUUUCAAAUUACAAUGUAGUUGUAAUUACUGUAUUUAAAAAUACAAGGAGUGUUAAAUCUGGUGUUUAGUUUGAUGUAGUUGGAAUCCUGGAUUAUAAAAUUUUAUGUU